AUGAGCUUAUCUAAUGAUCGUAAAAUCGACGCUUUAUCAAUUUCUUCAUCUGUGGACGAGUUCAGCCAUUUCGAAUACGUCGAAGACGAAUCGACUGUUGGACGUGGGGUAACGUCCGUUAAAGUCAAUCGAUUCGGCUUCGACUCCGAUACCGCUCUCUCUGAGGACAAUCAAGCAACGCUGGAGGGGCUCGAGGUUUUAGUGUACCAAGAGUUCGAGCGUGAACCGCUCGGAGCAGCGGGCGCUGUUCAAGUCGAACCCCGCGAGGAGCACUACAAGGACGCCGAG